UUAGCUAAGUUUCAAUGUUUUAUAGGCGACUUGUUUCAGUUCAGCCAGAUAUACUGGAAUGGGUUACAUCACAGCGUAAUACCUUAAAAAUUUUGAAGAACGAACGUUACAAGCUCGAAAAGGGUUUUAUCGCUUACUUCAAUGAUAUUGUUGAGUUUUUAAGGAAUCGCGAGUCCCCACAAAGUAGUGAACGGAGUGAAGAUGAAAAAAAGAGAGCUGCAAAUGCUGAAAGAUCUAUUGGUCAAUUUUAUGAAUCUGAAGAGCUUACAAAGAGUAUGAAAUGGAAGCGUGUGACGUGGAACGAAGAUGCAGAUUAUUCCAGCUUUUCUAAGCGUAUCCUAGAUAAUGAUACUAUGUUUAAGCAGGUUCCAGCGUUUUCGUUCAUGUCGGUCCAUAUCAUAAAAGACCCAUUGAGCACAGAUUUGGUAAAUUUUCCACCCGAAAAAAAAAGAAAAUAG